AGUAAGUGCGCGCUGUUUGCACUCGUGACUCUUGUCUUCGUUAUGAUGGAUCAUGUGAUGAAUUAUACCUCAAAAAGUCCUGAGAAGUCCAGUCCGAGUUUUCCAGAGGAUGUGGAAGAUGAUGAUGAAGAUCCAAUGGACUUGGAGCCAUUAAAAUAUUCUUCUCUUCGUCAACAUGUAAACAACAAUAACAACAUUAAUAAUGAAAAUAAUCGCAAUAAUAAUACAAUCAAUCAUUGUGAUGAUGAUGUUGACGAACAACUCGAUGUGACAAUGUUACCACCGGAGGAUGAAGAUGACGAUAUCGGUGGAACAACUCGUGGAUUCAUGUUAAAUGUUGAUAGCCCACGUCAUCCAACUGAUUCAACUGAAAAGAAAGUACAUUGGUCAAAUCAAAAUGUUCAAACAUUGUUAGAUUGUGUAGAAAAACAUUUGGAUGAAUUUAAUAUACAAAAAAAGCAUAAGCAAGUUUGGCAAAUUAUUGGCACAGAAAUGGAAUCAUUAGGUUUUACUAUGGAACAUUGUUACAAUAAAUGGAAGAAUUUACGUCGUGAUGUUCGUUUAUUGGUGAAUAAUCCACAAAAAGCUGUUCGUAACGCCGAUAUUCUACGACGUGUGGCUCGUUUAAUCUUAGUAAUCUAUCCAAAUAUUGAUGCUACAACUAUGCAAGUAACCGGUGAUCGUAUCAGUACAAGUAAAUCUACACCGAAUACACCAGGUGGUCCUGGUAGUUUGUCAUCAGCCAGACUUACAUUAUCCUCAUCAUUACACGCUCCAGAUUCACCAUUAUACUUUGGUCUAUCUAGAACGCGUACACCACAUUCCUUAACACCGAAUUUUCAUUCAUUAAAUGGUACAAAAUAUAAAACUGAACAGUCCAAUUAUGAUACAACAACUAAUACUCCCACUACUUCUGUACCUGGUACUGCAUUGUUCACCAGUAAUUCACGUUGUUCAGACAAUGAUAAAAAACAUCAUGUAUCAUCUACGCCUAAUUCAACAAGUCAUGACAAUAAUACAACAAUUUCACAACAUGCUAAUUCUGGAUUUCCAUUCAUUUUUAAUCCCGCAGCAGCUGCUCUUCUAGUUCAGUCACAGCUAUUCAACGAUUUACUACGUCAACAACAAACACAACUACAAGAUGAUUCUAUACCUUUGGAUAGUAUACAACAACGUGAACAAUUCUUUGCUCUUACUGCCUCUCUAAAAAAUGCUUUGCACUCUACUAAUAGUCCAAAUACCACAAAUGGUGGUAAUGCUGCACUUACACAGCAUACUACUAAUACAAAUAAUAAUGGUAUUAAUAAUGCCAAUAAGAGUAUAAUCACAAAUGGUAAUGAUUUUAAUACAGACAAUAACAACAACAACGCUAAUAAUUCAUUGCAUGUUGCCAAUUUAGCUUCUAAUUUGUUGAAUGGUUUAAACGGCAUGGAUACAUCACAAUAUCUGAAUUUAUUGGCAUCUGAAGCAGGUUUACUGAAUGGUAAUACGACUACUCAUCUUAAUAAUUAUAAUAAUACUAGUCAUCCUCAUCAUCAACACCAGCCACAACAACAGUCAUACACUUCUAUAUCCGACCGAUUACCGCCUGGUAGUGAGUUGGCUGGUGUUGUCCAGCGUUUACUCAAUGAAGAGACUAUUCAUUUACGCUUGACCGAUAUGGUUACACAUUUAGCUGACGAGUUACGGGCAGCUGGUCUACGUAGACGUGCCACAUUAGAUCAACUAUUAGAAAUUAUGCAAGGUGGGGGCGGCGGUACCACCUCUGGAUGUGUAUCGGCAGUCGGAACAAAUACAUCCAUGAGUCUUACUCACAAAAAUUCAGAUACUACGCAUCGUGUUUAGUGAGUAAUUAUAAAACCGACGGUGGAAUAUUUAUAUGGGAUUUAAUUGUUUUUGUGUAUCUUAUAAGAAACAACUAUCAACAAGGUCCGAUGAAUCAAUAGAGUAAUACUGAUGUCUAUGGAUAUAUUAUAUGUAAAAAUGAGAAAUCAAACCGGUAAAUUCCAGUUGUUGUUUUUUUUAGCUAAAAACCAUUUUUUGUUGUUGUAAACUUUUAUAUAUUAAGAAGGAAAUUUUCUUGUCGACCUGUGACGAUUGUGUUCGCAGUGUUUAUUUAGGGCAAAACAAUAUGUAGAAAGCAUUUUGUGUAAAAUCAACGGUAGAUUACUGUUACUACUUCCACAUCAUCGAGUGUUUGUUGAUUCUAUGUUUCCUUCUUCUCUUUCUCUCUAUUUAAAAAUCUCUAUAUGUAUUCUAAUCACACAAAUUCCAUUGUUUUGUUUUUACCUAUUUUUCUCUGGCAAUGUAGUAACAUUGGAUAUUACUGCCACUUUACUAAGAAGUAGAGAGGAGCAGUGAAUUGUGUAUCAUAGGAUAUCUCAUUUUGUUAAUUGUCUUUUCCUUUUUUUAAAAAUUUUCUACAAAGAUACAACCAUUCUUUUCCACCGGUUCUUUUACAAUUUUUUACGUAAUGCAUUUUAUUUGUAUGUUGUGAGGUGUUUUCUACACGCGUUCGCACACGCACGCCGAAAAGUAAAACUCACAUUUCAUAUUAUUAUGGAGCAUUUAUUAAUUAAUUUUGAACAGCGCCGGGAUUUUUUAUAUGAAAAUAAUCAUCUUAAAUUUUAAAAAAAUAGAAAAUGUCGUCUGCAUUAUUAUUCUCGUCCUCAUUAUCAUCAUCAUCAUCGUUGUCAUUCGAGUCAUUAAUCUGUUCCCUCAUGAAGUUUCAUAAUUCCGAAUGUAUUUCUAUUUCCAUAUUACAUUAGAUCUGUCCGACUAAUCCAUAUGCUAAGGGUUGUUUUUAUACAUAUAUAUAUGAAUCCAUCUUCCCCUAUUCAAAAAAGCAGCAGCUCUAUUAAUUGUGGUUGUUUUUGUGUGUACUUUUCUUUUGUCAGUAACUGACUGGUUUAAAAAGAAGAAACUUUCGAGUUUGUUUUUCUUUUUUGUAAACAAAUCUAAAAGUAUGGCUGUGGUUUCAAUAGUUCUUUUUUUUUCUACAAUUAUUAUUUCUAUAUUAUUCUUUUUUUAAGAAUGUUACCCUCGUCUUAUUCAAUUUUGUUUUUUGAUAGGUAGACAUUAAUGUUUUUGUUUUUGUAUGUAUUAAGUGUCAUCUAUCAUUAAUAAAAAACAAACAACAACAUUUUAACACUUGUCCAACCUUGCACUUCAUUUGUUCCAUAACCAACCAAUCCCUCUUGUGGAAGUAUAUGUAUGUUGUUUCAAAACAAUAAUAUUUUUGAUAUCUAUACCCAUAUAUAUAUACGUAUAUUUAACUGGUAAAAUCUGGUUUACAUUUUGUUACUACUACUACGACUACUACUACUAUUACAGUCAAUAUAUACUACUAUUUAUUUAUCAUUAUUAACUGUUCUUCAUGACUUUGUUUUUCUUCUUCAAAUCAAUGGGAUUAUUUUAGAUCUCGUUUUUUUGUGUUUUGUAAACUUUUUUUUGAGUAGAGAAUAGAAAUCUUGUCAUUUAUCAUUGAAUUUCUCUUUCUCAUCUACAUCUUAAGUAAUGAUGAUUAGUUGUUGCGUACAUGGGGACAUUAAAUGAUAAAACUUUAAGGGUUUUUUUUUUGUAUUAUUAUUAUUAUUGUAUUAACUCUGCAGCAUAUCUAACAACUCUAAUCCGGUGUUUGUUUAUCUAUGAAAAUUCUUCGACACAAUGAAUAUAUACAUACCAAAAUUGAAUCUGUUUUUUUCUCUUUUCUUUCUUUCUUUAUGUGCAACUUUUCUUCUUUUUUUUUAAUAAAGAAAAAAAUCAUCACUUCAAUUAUAAUUCAUUGUAUGGACGAACUUCUUUAUCAUUUAUGUAUGUAGAUGAAUAUGUAUCUCUCUCUUGAUGUGUGCAUUUUUCUCUUUCCUAAAUAUGAAACCUGUUUACUGUCGAAUAUUUCCGCCUUGUAGUUUUUUUGUUUGUUUUGCUUUUUACUAUUGAAAGAAGCAUAUUUGGCUUCAAUACAUUCUCGGUUAUUAUCUUACUUUUGUUAUAAACAUCAAUAUUGUUAUCAUUAUUGUAUUUUCAGUAUUUCUUUAUUCAUUUCUAUAAAUAAAUUCACUCAAAUACGUUCCAUUUUGAAGAAGAACAAGAAGAAGAAAAAAGAAAUUAUUUUUAAUACUCUACUAUAUUGUGGUAGACUGUCCUAGUUUAUGAUUACACAUAGGAUGCUCUAUUUUUUUUUUGACAUGCUUUUAGUCCUUACCCUCAUCCCCACCAACCCGUCAUCAUUGUUUAGUAAUAAGGAGAUCUAUUGUCGCUAUUUUUUUUUCUCUCGUUCUAAACUCGACUACUUUUUUGACCAAAAAAAACAACACAUUUUUGAUCUUAUUUUUCACAAUUCUCAUUAUUCCAUCGAGUUGUUGUUGUUGUUGUUGUUGUUUUUUAUUUAAAGGAAGACUUCAUUCAUAGAAAGAUAAAGAUAGUCUUCAUUGAAUUAAUCCCUUAAUACCAUAACACUUAUGCAACAGACAAAUAUAUUUUUACAAAAACAUGAGUUUUUUUUAUUAAAAUCUAAAUGAUGAACUAUAGUAGUCUAUUUAUCAGAAUAAUUGGAUUCAUCUAAUUAGACAGAGUUCAAUCAGCUAGUAUGUAUUUGGUUAAUUUGAAUGCCAUGUUGUUGUUGUUGUUGUUGUUGUUCUACACGUUACAAUCUCUUCUUUUAUCUUUCACCGAUCAUUACAAAAAUCGCAAAAUCUCGUCUUUUCUUUCUUUUUUUUUCAUGUAUCACAAUAAGAAAACAAUUACCCUUUGAUUCAAAUGAAGUGACUAUUUUUUUUCUCACCAUCGAUGUAUUUCACUCUGAUAUUUUCCUGUUAUGUUAGUAUAUAUAUAUGUCUUUUUUUUUAUAUAUUAUACCUAUUCCAUAUAUCUUGGCUGUUUGCAUUUCUCAUAUUCCUUUUGUUUUCAGAUCUGUUUUAUAAGUGGCAAGUGUAGGUGAAUAUGUUGUACACGGGGGUUUCUUUUUUUUUGUUUAUCGUACAUACAUAUGUAUAUUAUAUAAUUGUAAUUUUUUGUGCGCUUUUCCACAUGAAUGUUUGCUGUUGUUAAUAUCAAUGGUAUCAGUAGUACUAGUAGCAGUAGUAGUACUAAUCGUAACUAGUUGUACAACAUACUACUAAUAUGAAUUUUAAAUGAAUUAUUUUUAUUUUUGCCAUGUACAUAAUUUCUAUUGCAUUCACACAUAAUUAGUGUAAUUUCUGUAA